CUAUGAUUUUGCUGGUGGAGGCUGAGGCAAAUCCAGCAUCUGGGAAGGCCAUGGCUCAAGGCUCACACCCACCGAGCCCCAUAUCAAACCAUGAUGGACUAUUGCACUGCAGUGGCUUGUGCAGCCCUUUCCCUGCACAGGGGCCCACGCUGGUCUGUGGAUGCCUGCACAGAAGGGCAGGGAUAAAGCUCUUGAGAUCAGGAUAACCAGAGGCGCCCUCUCCACACACCACACCCUGACCAUCCCCUUCUGCUGCCCCGCACGGGGACCCCCAUCGCGCCCCAGCCAAUGACCCUGCGGGGAGGAGCUGCUCCAGGGGAUAAAAGCCUGUGUGGGGUCCGCAGCGCAGCCACGGGUCCGUGUCCUCCCUCCUGCCGCCGCAGCAGCCUCAACCCGACACCAUGGUGCACUGGUCAGCCGAGGAGAAGCAGCUCAUUGCCAGCCUCUGGGGCAAGGUCAACGUGGAGGAAUGCGGUGCCGAGGCCCUGGCCAGGCUGCUGAUCGUCUACCCCUGGACCCAGAGGUUCUUCUCUUCCUUUGGGAACCUGUCCAGCCCCACGGCCAUCAUCGGCAACCCCAAGGUCCGUGCCCACGGCAAGAAGGUGCUCACCUCCUUCGGGGAGGCUGUCAAGAACCUGGACAACAUCAAGGCGACCUACUCCAAGCUGUCAGAGCUGCACUGCGAGAAGCUGCACGUGGACCCCGAGAACUUCAGGCAAUGGGGAGGAGAAGGUCUUGGGAGACCUGAACGAGAUCUGGUUGGGGAUAAAAGACACCCAGGGGAAGGUGCAGCAUGGGCUGGAGGGGGCAGAGGGAAGCGAAGCACAGCAUGGAGGAAAUCAUGGGUCCUGCAGCAAGAUAAACAGCUUGAGAACCACAGAGCAGGUUCCUGCCUUGUCCAGCGUGUGCUGCCUGCCCGGGUGGGACCCUCCCUCCAACACUUCUGUAGAAAACCAGCUCCUUGGGGACAUCCUGAUCAUCGUCCUGGCUUCCCACUUCGCCAGGGACUUCACCCCCGCCUGCCAGUUUGCCUGGCAGAAGCUGGUGGGUGUCGUGGCUCACGCUCUGGCCCGCAAGUACCACUGAGCAUCCCCGGAGGGAUGGAGGGGUCCCUGCUCCACCACCAGCACCUCUGAGCACAAGGAGAUGCUCAUUGGGUGUUAACAAGCUGUGACCACCAAAUAAAGUCCUUCUCCCAGCACCACG